AGCGAGAGUUGUCAGUCAAGUUUCGACCAUCGCGAAGACCACAUUUUCAAAUUUGACGGGUGAAAAAAGUGCGCGCGCGCAAUUAUGAAUCAAGCUCCAGUUUCCUGUAUUCCAAAUACAAGUAAAAUGUCGAAAACAAAAAAGGUCUUGGAAGAGUCUCGGGAAAUCCAAAAUCCCGAGCUAGAUUUAGCUGACAAGGGUAUAGCGACGUUCGAGGAAAUGCCUGGAUUACUAAACAUGCUGUAUAUCACCAGACUUACGUUAAGUCACAAUAAAAUAAAAAAUGUACCACCAGGUUUGGCGAAUCUUGUUAAUUUAGAAAUAUUGACUCUUGCUAAUAAUCAUCUGGAGGAGCUGCCCUUAUCCUUAUCAUCGAUGCCAAAGUUGCGCAUAUUAAAUUUAUCAUUUAAUCGUCUCUAUGGCUUGCCGAGAGGAUUUGGCGCAUUUCCUAUGCUUGAAGUUUUAGACUUAACUUACAACAACUUGAGCGAAAAAACUUUGCCAGGGAAUUUUUUUAUGAUGGAAACGUUGCGUGCUUUAUACAUGGGGGAUAAUGAUUUUGAGUAUUUAUCGUCUGACAUAGGAAAUCUGAAGAAUUUACAAAUUCUGGUUUUACGUGAAAAUGACUUAAUUGAGUUGCCGAAAGAAAUUGGUGAAUUAACACGUUUAAGGGAAUUUAAUGUGCAAGGAAAUCGCCUUACAAUUUUACCACCAGAAAUUGGCAAUCUCGACAUGAUUAGUAAUAAAUCGGUGUUUAGGCUGGAUGGAAAUGAGUGGGUUACACCAAUUGCUGAUCAACUGCAAGUCGGCAUCAGUCACUUAAUGGACUAUCUUCGCAGCGAGACUUAUCGAAUACUGUAUAGCCGUUAUUUGACAAACAAACCAGAAAUUCCACCACCCUGUAUCGACAAAGCUAAGAAGAUCUCUAGAAUACGCUAAUUAAAGUUCAACGAGAUUGGCAUAAUUAAAAGUCUAUUUGUCUUUGCUGCCCGGUUGAAGAUAAUCAAGUGCCUCCAUAAUAUACUGCCAUAUAUCAGAGUUAUUAUUAAUAUAUAAUGUAUGAAACUUAUAACAUUGUUAAGCUUAUUAAAUAAAUAUUGUAAUCAUUGA